AUGGCCUUGCGAACAUCAGAUGAUACAGAGUUCAACGAUGCCCUGCGCAAACACGGCAUCUUACCGCCAAAACCUGUCGAGCCAGACUCGCCUCCAUUGCUCCCUUCGAGCCUCGAUGACCCGCUCGACGCUGAACGUACACUGUCGGACGACGAACUAGACGACCUCGAGCUGCCCAAUUCGGUGCUAGAGUCUUACAAGGCGUCGCGACUCAACGAGCUGCGAGCGCGAGAGGCCCGACAGAAUCGCUUUGGACGGAUCUAUCCGAUACAGAAAGCAGACUACUCCCGAGAGGUGACGCAAGCUAGCACAGAGCGGCUCGAUGGCCAGGCGAGCGAAGCCGAGGACGGGUCGGAUGAGCCUGAUACGCUCAAAUUUACGCCCGUCGUUUGCUUUCUCUACAAAGACUCUGUGGCAGAGUCGCGCAUGUUGGGCGCACAUCUUGCACGGCUUUCUGUGCUCUAUCCUGCCACCAAAUUCGUUAGCAUCAUUGGCGAUAUGUGUAUACCCAACUACCCUGACAAGAACAUACCUACAAUGAUCAUCUACCGAGGGGGUGAGCUCACAAGGCAGCCUCUCGUCGGGCUGGGACCUUCUAUCGGUCUCAAAGGCGUUCAAACGACACUAGAGGAUGUCGAAAAGCUACUCCUACAGUCUGGAGCACUGGAUCUAGCCCUCAAAGUAGAUAUCGGGCGACGGAAGCCCGAUGGCAAGGAUGACGACGAAGCCAAAUUGGGCGAUUUCGUGGAUGCUCACGACGAUUCUGACGAUGAUGAUGCGCAUCAGGAAGGCGGCAGAAUCAAUUCGGGUAGAUCGAGAAUACGAAACUGCAGGCCGCAGGGCGGCUCGGACGACGAUCUGGAUCUCUAG